CAUGGCCUCUCUGCCCCAAGUGCCUCUGGACUGGGCGCGGUCCCAAAACACUCAGCGACCUGCCCCACAUCGACAAAGCUCGGCUUGAGAAGGAUGCUUUCUUCGGGGUCGCACCCCCUUCCUGGCCUCCACUCCUCGCAGCGCUAGCCAGGACUUCCCAGGCACUGAGUUGAGGCCAGCUAACGUCCAGCCAGGUGACUUUGAUCGUUCCCACAACGCCUCAGCCUGUUCCAGUGUGGAAGGGGUUGGAUGUUGCCAGCCACCGCAGGGUUCCAGUAGGGAGCGAGCCUUCCACGCUACGCGCAGGCUUUCUCUGCUGGGUGUGUCGCCACGUGGAGCCCUGAACCUGGGGCAGACCAGACAUUGGUCACACAUUGCCAACCAGGACCAUGGUCCAGACCUCCAUGAGCCGGUCCCAAGUAGCCUUGCUGGGGCUGGGGCUGCUGUCCAUGCUGCUACUGUAUGUGGGCCUACCGGGUCCCCCUGAGCAGACCUCCUGGCUCCGGGGAGACCCCAACGUCACAGUCCUGGCUGGUCUCACUCCUGGCAACUCCCCCAUCUUCUACCGUGAGGUGCUCCCGCUCCACCGGACACACAGGGUGGAGGUGGUACUGCUGCAUGGAAAGGCCUUCAGCUCUCACACGUGGGAGCGGCUGGGCACACUGCAGCUGCUGUCGCAGAGGGGCUACCGCGCUGUGGCCCUCGACCUGCCAGGUUUUGGGAACUCAGCACCUUCGAGUGAAGCACGCACGGAGGCAGGGCGGGCAGAUCUGCUGGAGCGGGCACUGCGGGACCUGGAGGUGCAGAACGCUGUGCUGGUGAGCCCCUCACUGAGUGGCCACUAUGCCCUGCCCUUCCUGAUGCGAGGCCACCGACAGCUGCGUGGAUUCGUGCCCAUCGCACCCACUUCCACGCAGAACUACACCCAGGAGCAGUUCUGUGCUGUGAAGACCCCAACCCUCAUUCUGUACGGGGAACUGGACCACGUCCUGGCUCCACAGUCCCUGCAGCGGCUCCGACACCUGCCGAACCACUCCGUGGUGAAGCUACACAACGCGGGCCACGCCUGCUACCUCCACCAGCCGCGGGAUUUCCACCUCGUCCUCCUUGCCUUCCUUGACCGGCUGCCUUGAACUCACCCUCUGCCCAUGCCCCAGGCCUGGCCUGAACUCGGAGGGUCUGGAUCACAACCCUGCCCUGGGCAGGGGACAGCAGCUGGGAUCGAAGGACAGAGUCAGACAUCAGGCCCAGCCAGGAUCUCUCAUCUCAUCGCACAGGCACAAUUAAAAAAAAAUUGCCAGGGUA